CGUUGCCCACACACAGACACUCCCCCUCCUGACUCCACCCUCCCCUCCCACCCCGGGAGGCAGCAGGCACAGGCAGCAGGGCGGAACCUCGCCUCUCCAGCUGCGCGGUCGCCGCCGCAUCAAUCUUCCGCCGCGGGGACCUCUGAUCAACUCGGAUGGCCGAGGCCUGGCAGCCGUCGUCGUGGUCAGAGAUCCCGCGGGACCUGGCCGGCAUGGUGCUCCGCCUCCUCCCGGCCUACGCGGACCGCGCCCGCUUCGCCGCCGUGUGCCCGCAGUGGCGCGCCGCCGCGCGGCAGCUCCCCCUGCCUCCGCCGCUGCCUCUGCUCGCGCUCCCCGACGGCACCUUCUACAGCCUCCCCUACGGCAAGCCGUUCCGUUUCCCUGGCUUUGGCUGCGUCGGCUACAAGGGCGCCGCCUUUGGCAGCUGGCUCGUCUUCCCACGGGACAACGGCUGCUUCUUGUUCGACCCUUUCGCCGGGGCCACCGUGAAGCUCCCUGCUCUGUCUUGCGUCCGGCUCCGUCCACCAAAUGCAGCUGAUAAAUAUGUGAAGUAUCAGGACCAUGUUACACCAAAUGGUAAACAUUACAUUACGUGGAUGGAUAUCAGGGACGCCGAGUAUGUGCCCACAUUAACCAAGCUGAUCGUGUGCUCGCCGAACCUCGUCGCAGCAUUUGUUGGCACUGGACAAAUAAGUCAGAUUCUAAUGUGCCAGCCAGGGGCUUCCUCAUGGUCUGUACGUGCGUAUGAUCCAUGUCACAUGUUUGAAGACAUGGCUUUCUAUCAGGGAAAGCUCUACGCCCUUGCUGAUGAUGAAAACCUCCUUGUCAUCAACAUCAGCCAAGAUCCAAGCACCGGCGACCCACAGGUCUCUCGAAUUGGACAGGUCAUCAAGGGUGAUCCUGACCCUUUGUUUGACGCUUGGUUCCCAGAUGACACUACGGGCAGCAAGAAGCUCUACCUAGUUGAAUCACGUGGUGCACUGCUGAUGGUACGCAGGAAGGUUUGCUGCAGAAUGGUAGAUGACACGAUUGUUGCUGGACGGAUUAGUGAGUUUGAGGUGUUUGAGGCUGACUUCGAGCACUCACGGUGGGUGAAUGUGACAACUCUUGGGGUUGACCACAUUCUUUUCCUCGGACGAUCAUGCUCCAGGGCUGUGUCCGCGUCUCAGUAUGGGAUGUCCAGCGACCAAAUCUUCUUCUUAGAUGAUGUAACGGAGAAUGCUGUGCACUACUCCUUUGAUGAGGAGAACACUUCUGUCAAUGUCUAUGACAUGAGGGAUGGCGAGAUCUCCUCUCCUUUGCCGAUGGUCUGGAAGCAUGAGAUGAUUCUUGCGACAUGGCUGUUCCCUCGGGACUAAAGUGAAGGUGUUACUAUGCAGCCCUGGCAGUGAUUACUAGUUACUCUGCCCAUUCUGUGUUGAUUAAUUACUCUUAUGCUAACUGUUAACCGCAUCAGUGUUUUGGUGGCCUUAGUAUGUUGGCUACUUCCCUUUGGGGAAAAUAUGGUGGUAAGCCAUGUGCCUGUACAACCUAUGAAGUACAGCAAACACUAAAUUAUCUGACCGUAGUUCGAUCCAUGCUUGGUACCUGUGAGAACAUUCUGGAUCGCACAGUGCUUGAAUUGUGAGCUUAGUUGUGAUGAACCUUAUGCUACCA